CAGAGGGACGGACAUGAAGGCCCUGCGCCGAUCCAGCACUUCCACCUCUCCGUCCAACUCCUCCUCGCCCACGGCCGCCUCGUCCCCGCCCACCUCCUCCUGGAUCCACAUCCGCUCGCUCCUCGUCGCCGCCGCCUCCUCCAGCUCCUCCUCCUCGGCGGCCGCCCCCGGGACCUCCGUGCCCGCCUUGCCGUCCGCUUCGGCGGCGGCGGCCCCGUCUUCGUCCUCGCCCGCGGCGGCCUCCUCCUCCCCGCGCUCGGAUCGAGGUGGAAUUAAAUCUCCAUGGUCUCGAAGGAAAAGGAAAAGAGUACUUUCUCGUCAGCAGUGGGAGGGUCAAUUUUCGGCCAAUGGGAAACUUCGUGAUGGAGGAAAGAAGGUUCUAAAGAAAGUUCGUAGUGGGGGUAUUGAACCUGGCAUUCGGGCAGAGGUUUGGCCCUUCCUACUAGGAGUAUAUGAUUUAAAUAGUUCUGAAGAGGAACGGAAUACCAUCAAGAUUAAAAAGAGGAAAGAGUAUGAAAAACUGAGGCGGCAGUGCCAGCACAUUCUGAAUGGGUACAGAGGAAGUGGGCUAAAGUCAAUAAAUGAAGUCAGUAAUGAGGAGUGUUCUGGUCUAGGAAGUAGUGCUGAAGGAUCAGAAUCGCCUUGUUUCGAAGAUGUCAAUGUUGUGAACACUCCAGGGUCACUUGAGGAACUGAAGCCUGAACACAGCGAGGCUGAGCAACCGGAAAUCACUACAUGUGAUGAGGUUGUAGAAUCUAUGGAUGAAGACACAGUUGAGUUAGUUGAUGCAUAUCCAUGCAUAGCAGAGUCAGAAUCUUCAGAUUCUGAAUCAUCGGAUGAAGACGAGUCUGUAAGGAUAUCCGUUUGUGGCGAAGAGGCUUGUGAUCCGGAUCCUAAAUUUGCCAGGAGCACUUCAUUCAAGUCAGAUAUUUUUAGGUCUAGCAGAACCUCGGAGGACUUUGCCACAUGGCAACGCAUUAUAAGGCUGGAUGCUAUCCGGGCAAACACAGAAUGGAUUUCAUUCUCCAGUAGCCAGGCUGAAGUCCCUGAAGAGAAAGCUUUACAGUCUGCAGCAUCUGUUGGGUUGAAAGACUAUGACCAUUUAGAGCCCCACAUGAUCUAUCAUGCUGCUCGGUUGGUUGGACUUCUUGAAGCUUAUGCAGUCUACGAUCCUGAAAUUGGUUACUGCCAAGGUAUGAGUGAUCUCUUAUCACCAAUAAUUGCAGUCAUGGAGGAAGAUUGUGCAGCAUUUUGGUGCUUUGUUGGUUUCAUGAGGAAAGCCAGGCAUAACUUCAGGCUUGAUGAGGUUGGAAUAAGGCGGCAGCUGAAGACUGUCUCGCAGAUUAUCAAGCGCAAGGACUCACACCUGUAUAAACACCUGCAGAAACUGCAGGCUGAGGACUGCUUCUUUGUGUACAGAAUGGUGGUGGUUCUCUUCAGGAGGGAGCUCACCUUCGAGCAGACCGUGUGCCUCUGGGAGGUGAUGUGGGCAGAUCAGGCAGCCAUACGUGCUGGGAUCGGGAGGACCACCUGGGGAAGAAUAAGGCUGCACGCUCCGCCGACCGAUGACCUACUGCUCUACGCUAUCGCGGCCUGCGUCCUGCAGAGGAGGAAGCUGAUAAUCGAGAAGUACAGCAGCAUGGACGAGAUACUGCGGGAGUGCAACAGCAUGGCUGGGCAGCUGGACGUCUGGAGGCUGCUGGACGAUGCGCAUGAUCUGGUUGUUAACCUCCAUGACAAAAUCUGAUCCGAUGCAAGCGCUGCUCUCCCUUGUUCCUCGUGGUAGUAGAACAGACGCAGGCCUUUUGGAGGUACCUUCGCUGCUCGCUGAGAGUGUUCUGUUAUCUGUCCCCGGCACACGAACCCACUUGUAGUAUAGAGGAUGUUGUAAUCUAGAGCGAGGGCCCAAGUGCCCUCGCGUAAGAAAAAGAAAAGAGAAGCUGAAACAUUGCUGUUUCGUGCCGCCGAGGCGGCGGCAUUGAAAUAGGAUCACUAUUCAUUGUUAACCUGUUAUAGGCGAAAUGACAGAUUUUUCACGGAUGACGUUUCAUCCAUGCUGAAGGUACGAAGUAAUAACCGGCACACAGGCUUAUGUGUUUGUGGUCUGUCAAAUGCAUUUGAUUGAAAGAUGUUUAUGCUUCCAAAA